CCGUCCGCCACGACGUCUAUCGCGGCACACAAUGCAGCCCUCCCAGCUUGAGAUUGAACGGGAGGUCGAAGCCCUCCGCGACAUCAGGCGGAGGUCCACCGCCCAAGGCGGCCCCGGCUCUCUUAUCCUCGACCCCGAUCUUCCCAGCGAGGCUGCACAGGCGCAGGCAGCAUACUGGACACCCCCGGACGACUCGAGCAGCAGCUCGCACGACAGCCACUCUGAGCACAGUUCUGUCGCGGCGCAAGACGAUCCCUUCCAUCUAUUUUGGGUCCCUGCUCGCGUGCAUCCAGAGCUUGCCCCGAAGGAGUUCAAGGAGUUUCUCAAGGAACAUGCACGCACCGACAGCACCGUUCCCCCGCCGGGACGCUCCAACUCGAUAACCUCUGUGGGAGGGGGAGGGCUCGGCCGCAAGAAGUCCAUGCUCAGCCGGCAAUACGACCCGAAUGCGCACCCUGGCACGUUGGACGGAGAGGAACAUGUGCUACCCUUACGGCGGAACCGGACGAGUAUCUACGCCAACGUGCCGCAGCUAACUAUCGGCGAUCUGCAAAAGCUCGAGGAACUGGCGGAGGAGGCGUCCAACAGCGAUGAUCCCUCGAGGUUGCGGAGUGUCCUCCGGCGAAGCCUCAGUCUGAACAUUGCGCCUUCAGUCAUCGACCAGAUGGAUGAUCUCCGGGAUCCUGGAGAUGACAUGGACUCCCCGAUCGUCGUGCCAAUAGGCAACCAGAUCUUGAAGCGUACCGCGCGCACCAAGAUUCGCAAGGCUGGGACGGGCGAAGGUGCGCAUCGCUUCACUACGACCCGAAGUCGGAGGAAGUCGCUUGUUGGGCGAGCCGCCACCCUGGAGCCCCGCUCCUCCAGUGAUCUUUCCUCAAGCGAUCAUGGCGACGUAGACACCAUCCGGCGCGUCGGUCGGUCAACAGAUGACAUUCCCGAGGUGCCGCCACUGCCUCGGCCGGAGUCGUACAGCGUCGAGACGGCCAUUUACGACGCAUAUGCCCAAGAAGAAGCUGACCAUGAGUCCAUCGAGGCGCCACCCAUGUCCAGAAGCCCUGAGAUUGUCACAGAGCUGGUCGACGAUGAUACCCCUGUCCCCCGAGAAGCCGAGCUCGAUACCGACGCCGCCUCUGCCAUUCCCGUUCUCCACCAUCCCCAGCCGCAGCGCGCCCUUGCGCCUCCCACUCCCGACUCGCCGAUGCCGCAACGAACGCCUUCCCCUUCCACACCUGACCUCACCACAUCGCCAUCUACAUCCGAAAGUGUACACCAGUCGCGUCCUUCCCUGCAGGGUGGGUCCGCAUACCUCCCACCCUCACCAAGCCCGUCUGAGCGGUCAGAGCACCAUCGGCGCGAAAAGGAGAAGAAAGGUCUCUUCGGCAAGUGGGGCGGCGACAAGGGCGGCAAGAAGCAAAAGGAGAAGGAGAAGGAGCAGCGCGAGCGCGAAAAGGAGAAGGAGAAGGAGAGUGGCUUUUUCGGGUCUCUCUUCGGUUCGAAGAAGAAGCAGGAGGAGCCGCAGUCCGUAUCUAACAGUGCUGCUGGCCGGGAGACAGCCGCUGCCUUGCUCGGAGCCUCCAAGUCGUCCAAGGGCUACAUCCCCCCACCGUCACCUCAGCUCGGCAUGUAUGCGCGGUACCCGAUCCACGUCGAGCGCGCAAUUUACCGGCUCAGUCACAUCAAGCUCGCAAAUCCCAGGCGGCCCCUUUACGAACAGGUACUCAUCAGCAACCUCAUGUUCUGGUACCUGGGCGUCAUCAACAAGACCCAGGCCCAGGGGCAAGCCCCUGGCCAGAACGGCGCCGCUACUGGCGCAGCGGAGCAGCAACCCAGUCCGCCUGGUAUGCCCUCCCCUGCGGAGAAAGAGCGGGCAGACCGGGAGAGGAAGGAGCAGGAGGAGAGGGAGCGUGCCGAGCGUGAGCGCGAGAAGGCGGAAAAGAAGGAGAGCCAAAAGCGAGGGAGUCUCACGAAACCGGCGGCGGGCGGGGCACGAAGAGCAGAGACGCCGGUAAGAGGCCCGCAGUACGAGAUGCAGCAUCGUGCGAUGGAGCAGGGCUACGGUGGGUAUAACCAGCCGCCGGGUGGUGGUGGACCGCCGCCCCCGCGGACAUCAUCGGCACCGCCGCCACCAAUGGCCAACGCGCCUCGCUCACCAAAGCAAGCGUCACAGUACUCGGUGCAGCUCGUCCAACCUCAGCCUCGACCUGCGGAUUCGCCAGGCUCAGCGAACAACCAGUUUUACGAGAUCGGGGAGCCGUCAACGCUGAACGCGCAACAAUACCCACUCAUUGUCACUGGUGCGCCCCAAUUACCCCCAGGCGCUAUGCCGCCGGUCGCCGUUGAGCAGACUUGGAUAGCGAAUUCGGGGUCACCGGCGUUGCGCAACCACUCCACGUCGCCCCCGCCGCGAUCAGGUUCGCCACCAACAUCUCCCUCAUCGCCAGGAUCGCGGCGACCACGGUCACCACCGUCGGCUAACCGCUAUACGCCUGCACAGGAGAAGCAGCCGUACAGCGGUGUGGGUGCGGGCGGCGGCGCUCGGAUUGCGGGGCGGUCGCUCUCUGCGACUGCCGCGCCGUCGCAGCCAAUGGCCCCGAUGAACGGGAAGGUGAAGAAGGUGAUGAGCGCACAUGCCAUGCCCGCACGACAGUCGAGCGAGGACGAGGACGUCCCGCUAGCCGUGUAUCAGCAGCAACAGCGGAGAAAGGAGUAUUGAGCGGCCGGCCACCCUCAUUUAGUCUUCGCUGUACAUCACUCUUCUGCGUCCGCCCCUCCGCGCUUUCGUUUCCUUCCGAGUCGUCCCCCAUCUAGACGUUCAUGCACUACGUAGUAAUCGCUCCCGGUUCGCUCCCUUCUUACCUUCGCACCAUGCACUCUCCCAUCUACACAUCCGUCCAUCACGCCAUCCACCCACUCACUCCGUUCGUCCCAUCCAUCAUAGCAUUUGUCCCGCUCGCAUGCAUCAGUCCUGUUUUGCCUUUCUCCGGACGCUCACCCUAUUCGCGAAUGACUCAAUGACACACCACAUACAUCCCGACGCCCGAUCACAGUCGCUCCU